AUCCUUGCUGCAGGAUCGAUCCCGCGAGCGGGGAGGAAAGAGUGGCUGCCCUGAGAUGCUCUGUUGGCUGGAGGAGGAAGAGAUGUCCGUCCAGGAGCUCCAGGAACGUGUGAGCUGUAUUAUCACCCAUGUCGAUGAGAUUAUGCAACAGGAGAUACGGCCCCUGCUGGCCGUGGACAUAAUUGAACAGCUACACAGACAGUUUGCCAUGCUAUCAGGAGGAAGAGGGAAAGAUGGAGCCCCGAUCAUCACAUUUCCAGAAUACUCUGAUUUUAAUGAGCUUCCUGAUGAGGACUUCAUAAAUGUUGUGACAUAUCUGACCAGUAUACCCAGUUUGGAUGCGGCCAGUAUCGGCUUCAUAAUUAUAAUCGACCGCCGGCGGGACAAAUGGAGUUCGGUCAAGGCCUCGCUGGCUCGAAUAGCAGGAGCAUUCCCUGGCAAUCUGCAGCUAGUCCUCGUCCUGAGGCCCUCACGCUUCCUCCAGAGAGCCAUCGCUGACAUCGGUAUCCGGUUACACCGUGAUGACUUUAAAAUGAAGGUACCGAUUGUCAUGCUGAAUUCCCUGUCAGAUCUGCAUGGCUAUGUGGACAAAGGCCAGCUGACUUGUGAUCUGGGUGGCAGUUUGCAAUACUGUCACAGUCAGUGGAUUCACCAUCGCACAGCUAUUGAAAACUUUGCUGUCACGGUGAAGAUUACAGCCCAAAUGCUGCAGAAAUUUGGAACAGACCUAGCGGAAACCGAGCUCCCCAAUGACAGGCAAUGCACCAAAGAUCUGCUGACAGCACACACAGAAAAACAUGACAAGCUCAAGGAUGAACUUAGAUUGGCACUGAAACAAGGAACAACUUUGCUCACCUGCAUCAAAGACCAAGCCAGCAAGUCUGAGAACCACAAACUAAAUUCAGAUGAAAUGGAAAACCAGAACACUGUUGAGAGGUUGUUGGCUCAGCUGGACGAGACAGAAAAUGCGUUUGAACAGUUCUGGUCCAAACAUCAUCUCAAGUUAGAGCAAUGUCUGCAACUAAGACAUUUUGAGCAGGACUUUAGAGAGGUAAAACUGUCUCUGGACAGCCUGUUGGAGGCUUUGCUGGCACUCUCAGACACCGGGGAUGGGGUCGGACGCUUGGAGCAACUUAUUAAAGAACUGAGGAGCCUGCAGAACAAAGCUCAGGAAUCUCUGGAGAAGGCACAGCUGCAUGCAUUACAUGGAGACCAGUUAAUCCAGAGCAACCAUUAUGCUGUCGAUUCCAUCCGGCCCAAAUGUGUGGAACUGCGGCGCAUCUGUGAUGACUUCAACAACGAGGCCAAGAAAAAAUAUGACUUCCUGUCCAAGUCACUCGAGAUCCAUACGUGCAUGGACAAGGUGAACCAUUGGUGCGAGAGUGGCGUAUACCUGCUGGCAUCUCAGGCAGUGGAUAAGUGCCAGUCUCAGGAGGGGGCAGAGGCGGCUCUGCAGGACAUCCAGAACUACAUGGAGACUGCAAAGGAACAGCAGCUUAGUCAGCUCAAAGAACUCUACAACCAACAUGAGAUCAUCCUUUCUGAUCUCAUAAAGACCAAUGUGCAGAAUUCUUUAAAGCGCUUGGACGAAGUACAAGAGAUGUUUGAGAAGAGAAACGUUAGUUUAAAAAGACUAUCUGCUAAGCAGACCAGACCCGUCCAACCUGUAGCUCCUCGACCUGAAUCUUCACCCAAGCGCCCAGCACCAAAGAACACCCGACCUACAGGAUCUGCUCCAAAUCGCAAAGGAUCUGAGAAUUUCUCCACUAAACAGCCCACUGAUGCUGAGCUAGCAAGAAAGAAAAACAUUCGCAAAGCUAAAGUAGGCAUCAAGAUUGAAGUUAUGCAUGAGGGGAGCCAAGGAGGUUUGAGUCAUGUCUUAAUGACCAGUGAGACAGAAGAGAGCCUGUCUAACAGACGAAGACACAUCAUGAAUGAACUGAUUGAGACGGAGAGACUCUAUGUGGAGGAGCUCCAGAGUAUAAUAGAGGGUUACGCUGAUGCUUUGGAGAACUCUGAACUUACACAUCUAAUCCCACCAGCCCUGGAAAACAAGAAAGACGUGCUGUUUGGAAACCUUGCCAACAUCUACGACUUUCACAAUAGGACAUUUCUAAAAGAGCUUGAAAACAGUGUGGAGAAGCCAGAGUUAGUAGGAUUGUGCUUUUUAAAACGAAAAGAAGAGCUGCAGAUCUAUGAGAAAUACUGUCAAAACAAACCUCGGUCCGAAGCUCUCUGGAGGCAGUGUGGGGACAGCACGUUCUUUCAGGAAUGCCAAAAACGGCUGGACCACAAGCUUUCUUUAGAUGCCUACCUGCUAAAACCUGUGCAGAGGAUUACCAAGUACCAACUGCUGCUAAAGGAAAUGCUGAAAUGCAGCAAGAACUCAGAAAACACUGCAGAACUGGAGGAAGCUUUGGCCACCAUGCUGGACAUCAUAAAGUCGGUUAAUGAUUCGAUGCACCAGAUAGCUAUCACUGGGUUUGAGGGAAAUCUGAAUGACCUGGGCAAGCUGCUCAUGCAGGGCUCCUUUAACGUAUGGACAGACCAUAAGAAAGGCCACAAUAAAGUGAAGGACCUGGCACGCUUCAAGCCUAUGCAGAGGCACCUUUUCCUGUACAACAAGAUGAUUUUAUUCUGUAAAAAGCGUGAAGAAAACUCAGAUGCUCAUGAAAAAUCCCCAUCCUACAGUUUUAAGCAUUCAUUAAAGAUGAGUGCUGUUGGAAUCACAGAGAAUGUGAAAGGGGACAUCAAGAAGUUUGAAAUUUGGUACAAUGGGAGAGAAGAGGUCUACAUCAUUCAGGCUUCUUCUAUGGACGUGAAGAACACGUGGGUGUCCGAGAUCCGGAAGGUAUUGACAUGUCAGCUGGAGGCAUGUAAAGAAGCAAGCCAGCUCCAUCAAAGGAACACAGAGAACAUUUACCAUGCUCCCAUGAGGAACGUGCGCAAAGUGGCGCUGAGGCAGUCGGACUCCUCCAGCCCUGAGACAGGCUACAGACGCAGUGACACCGGGCCCAAAUUAAGGCAGAAACGAGCUGAUGCUAUUGCCAACAUUAGUUCAGACCCCUCAUCUGCUUUGGCUAGAAAGCGCUUCACAUUACAGGGCCUGUCCAAUCGCAGGUCUCUGUCAUCAGAACCAGCACCUAAAGAGGCUGAAGUCCCACGUCGUUUCUCUUUAGCUUCCACCCUCGGGGCCUCUUCUACCACACGCACAAAAGAUCCUCUUUCUGCGACUCUUAAAAGCAAGAGACACCAGAUUAAGAGUGACCCAACACCUUUCGGAUAUGAAGAUACUUUGCGAGGUGCUCUUCCAGCUGACACAAAAAAAAAAGGUACAGCAAAUACCAAGCCCAACGUGCCUAGGUCUACCUCUCAACCAGGAUGGACCCAACGCCGGUUACCCUCAAUGGACACUGAGGACUUUGAGACGAUCCCAUCCAGUGCUGAGGACCUCUCUAAUUCUUCAGACAAUGAAGAGGAUCCUGGUAACAAAAAUGGGGAACACGACAAUUUUCAGGUGCAGCUGACGUAUGAAUCGAGGGCACCGCAGGAGAUGUCGCUGGAGCCUGGAGAUUUGGUACAGUUCAUAGAGGAAGCUGAGAACGGCCACUGGCUAGUCAAGAACCUAAUUACUCUGAAGACAGGGCUGGUUCCACCCAGCAUCCUGCAGUCUACAGCAGGAGGAGUGAACAUUUACAGUGACACUGAUAUCUUUAGUGACCUGUGCACUGCAGCUCUGACUGAUACAGAGGAGACGGAGGACAGUGUUGGGUUGCUACCAGCGCCGGAAAACAGACUUGCAUGUUGAACAUGUGUCUUUUUGUCUGGGUUUUUUCCCCCCACUGUAUUACGGUGCCACGCCUCCACAGAACACGCAGGAUUCCUCCCCACUAAACACACCCUUGUGGGGGAGUUGGGACAACCUGUUGCUGCUAUGUCCGCUCUUGCGAUGUCAGUGGAAGUGUGUGACAACUGAAAAGUAUUACUAUUUUUGGCCCUGGAUUCUGUUGAUGCGAAGCAAUGGCUGACAUGGCUGGUCAGCUGUUACAGCUAACUAUAGUUAGCAUAUCUGCUGUGCCUUACAGCAAACACAUCAACUUUUUGAAAUGAAGAAGAAAAAAGCUGUUUUAAGAAUCUGUUUUAAGGCGUGUUGUUGGAGUGUCAGCUCCAAAAAGACUCAACGUUGUUUUGUCCUGCUGAAAUGAUCACUCUGAAAUGUUUUGUAUAGAUUAUUAAUGUCUUUUGUUGAUCAAAAUGGAAAAGAACUUAUCUCAGCACACUUAUCUUCUUGACCUUGUUGGUCAGAAAUGCAGCAAUUUGGAGUAAAAAAUAG